AUGCCACAUUCAGGGGAGACCACAUGUGGGGAGACUCGUCCAGAUCAUAGGAGGAUCCGUGAUGACCUCCACCAUGGGCUGGUCCCUCUCAUCCUCACCCUCCUCGCUCACUGCGCAGGGUCCUGGGCCCAGUCUGUGCUGACUCAGCCGGCCUCAGUGUCUGGGUCCCUGGGCCAGAGGGUCACCAUCUCCUGCACUGGAAGCAGCUCCAAUGUUGGUUAUGGCAAUUAUGUGGGCUGGUACCAGCAGCUCCCAGGAACAGGCCCCAGAACCCUCAUCUAUGAUAGUAGUAGCCGACCCUCGGGGGUCCCUGAUCGAUUCUCUGGCUCCAGGUCAGGCAGCACAGCAACCCUGACCAUCUCUGGGCUCCAGGCUGAGGAUGAAGCCGAUUAUUACUGCUCAUCCUAUGACAGCAGUCUCAGUGGUGGCACAGUACUCCAGGCGUGUGGGGAAGAACAGAAGGUCCUGUGUUGUGAGAGUCUCAACCUCUCCAUAGCAAGUGUGGAGAUCGGACCCGCCCUUAUGGUUCUGGAGACGAUUGCCCUAGGACACUGGAUACAGCUACAACACUGA